AUGGCUAUGUCACACUCUUUGGUUCCUUUGUUCUUUUUUAUGAUGUUCCUUGUACAAGCUAUGUCUAGUGGCAUUGAUCCAACAUGGUAUGAUGCUCGUGCAACCUUCUAUGGUGAUGAAUCUGGUGGUGAAACUAUGAACGGAGCUUGUGGUUAUGGUGAUCUCUUCAAACAAGGAUAUGGACUUGCAACCACAGCACUAAGUACUGCUCUAUUCAAUAAUGGAUUAACUUGCGGUGCAUGUUUUCAGAUAAUAUGUGUUAACGACCCUCAAUGGUGCAUAAAGGGUGCAAAACCAAUUACAGUGACUGCAACAAAUUUUUGUCCUCCAGAUUAUUCCAAAACCUCAGACAUUUGGUGCAAUCCUCCACAAAAACAUUUUGAUUUGAGUUAUAAAAUGUUCACAUCUAUUGCCUAUUAUAAAGCUGGUGUCAUCCCUGUUAAAUAUCGACGUGUUCCAUGUGUUAAAAGUGGAGGUGUUAAGUUUGAACUAAAAGGAAACCCUUAUUUUUUUAUGGUUUUGGUUUACAAUGUUGCCAAUGCAGGUGAUGUUAGUAAUGUGAGUGUUCAAGGAUCUAAGACUGGCUGGAUUACCAUGUCACACAACUGGGGACAAAAUUGGGAUGCCAAUGUGAAUUUUAUAGGGCAAAGUUUGUCAUUUCUUGUUACUACAAAUGAUGGAAAAAGUUUGAACUUUCCUAUGGUAGUUCCUUCCAAUUGGCAAUUUGGACAAACUUACGAGGGAAAGCAAAAUUUUUAA